UCUGAUCAUCCCGUCUUUCCCAGCAGAUUCAUCAAUAACAUGGAACUGAGAAACCAAACAACUAUUUCAGAAUUUCUUCUCCUGGGACUGACAGAAGACCCAGGACUACAGCCCCUCCUCUUUAGCCUGUUUCUGACCAUCUAUCUGGUCACUGUUUUGGGGAACUUGCUCAUCAUCUUGGCUGUCGGCUGUGACCCCCAUCUACACAGCCCCAUGUACUUCUUCAUUUCUAAUCUCUCCUUUACUGACAUCUGUUUCAGCACAACCACGAUCCCAAAGGUGCUACUGAACAUCCAAGCACAGAAUCAUAGCAUCACAUACACGGGAUGCCUCACCCAGGUCUGCUUUGUCUUGAUUUUUGCCAGUUUGGAAAGUUUUCUUCUUUCCGUGAUGGCCUAUGACCGCUACGUGGCUAUUUGCCAGCCCCUGAGGUACACAACUAUCAUGCAUCCUCGCCACUGUUUUCUAAUGAUUCUGUUCUCCCUGCUCAUUAGUGUUGUGGAUGCCCUUCUUCAUAGCCUGAUGUUGCUGCGACUGUCAUUCUGCACCGACUUGGAAGGUCUUUACUUCUUCUGUGAAGUUGUUCAGGUCAUCAGGGUGGCCUGUUCCGAAACAUUCAUCAAUAACUUCGUCUUAUAUUUUGCAGCCAGUCUAUUGGGUGUUGUGCCUUUUUCUGGGAUAAUUUUUUCUUAUACAAAAAUCGUAUCCUCUAUUUUGAGAAUAUCAUCAGCAAGUGGGAAAUAUAAAGCUUUUUCUACUUGUGGGUCUCACCUUUCGGUUGUUUCUCUAUUCUAUGGGACAGCUUUUGGUGCCUAUUUUAGUACGACAUUUAUGCAUGGUUCUAGGAAGACAGCUGUAGCUUCAGUGAUGUACACUGUGGUCACUCCCAUGAUGAACCCUUUCAUCUACAGCCUGAGGAACAGGGACAUGAAGGCAGCCUUGAGGAACAUUAUCAAGUGCACACGGGCUUGUUGGUGA